ACUCCACGAAGUUGUUCCAAGUUGGCAAAGGGCGAGAAGGGCGAAGCAGCUAUCCGUAAGUACUUACCAACAGAAGAGACCGUAGAUCUUCGUCGGAAGUCAAGCAAUCGUCAGUUGCAGCACUUAUCUUCACCCACUGCCACUGAAGCCGGACAAACGCCUUCUUUGUUCACCAAUGCCCACCUACCCUCAUCGAGCCGACAGUUUACCCUGGAUCACUCUUCUAUUCUAAAUGACUCAUUGAAUGGGGAUGUUGAGGAUGAUCAAGGCCCUCCGGUAGGUUGUAUUCCAUGGAAUCCUAAUGAAAACGGGGUGUAUAGCCAGUCAUCUUUCCUAAGUUAG